UCAAAGAUGGCUGCGCUCCAGAGUGGGGUUACCACAAGAUGUCUCAGGACAUGUUUGUUUCGACAAAUAAAAGCGGGCAUUUCCACUGUUCCUUUUGUUAUGACAGAGAACGAGUGGUUUGUACCAAGAUCACAUCUUCACACUGUCAGAGGAAGUAAAGCUUCACUUGGUAGGGCACUGCUUGGAGGUUACAGCCAUGGACGGUUCUUAUUGGUCAGCACUGUGCCGGUUAGACACAGCAGCACUUCAGAGAAAAUUGAAGCCGUUCAGAGUACAUUACCUACAACAGAAGCUGUAGAUGUUGCUCUCUCAGCUCCUAUUCUAAAUCCUAUUGCUGACCCAGCCCCUGUUGCCAUGCAACCAAUCACAGAGCAGGUGGCUGAGGGUCCUGUUGCAGCUUUAGAUGUUCUACAGGGAGUUGGUGCUGAGGCCAGCCUGUCAGAUCUUGGCCUAGGCAGCUACACACCUGUCGGCUUGAUCCAGAAUCUGCUCGAGUUUAUGCAUGUUAGUAUUGGACUUCCAUGGUGGGGUGCUAUUGUUGCAGGCACUAUUAUCGCCCGUUGUGUCGUGUUCCCUGUAAUUGUGAAGGGACAGAGGGAAGCGGCCAAGCUGAACAACGUCAUGCCAGAAAUGACCAAACUCACUAACCGCAUGAAUGAGGCCAAGCAGAGCGGUAAUAAAUUUGAAUUUUCAAAGGCCUACACUGACUUGAUGAUGUUUCAGAAGAAACAUGAUGUCAACCCCCUGCGUGGGUUUCUUGUGCCCUUAGUACAGGCUCCAAUCUUCAUUUCGUUCUUCAUUGCUUUGCGCAAAAUGGCAUAUCUCCCUGUACCAAGUUUACAGACUGGCGGCCUCUGGUGGUUCCCAGACCUAACAGCAUCUGAUCCAUUUUACAUUCUCCCCAUAGUGGUGACGGGCACAAUGUUUGCCAUCUUAGAGUUGGGAGCUGACUCUGGUGUCGACAACCCCAAUCUGAGAGCUAUGAAGACUGUCUUCAGGAUCAUGCCCUUUGUUAUCCUCCCUAUGACAAUUAACUUCCCCACAGCUGUAUUUACCUACUGGAUGACCUCUAACGUCUUCUCCCUGGGUCAGGUGGCCCUGCUUAGGCAUCCAGCAGUGAGACAGAAGCUGAGCAUCCCACAACGCAUCGCACACCCACCCUCAGCGCUGCCUAAAAAUGAAGGUUUCAUUGAAAGCGUCAAGAAUGGAUGGAAGAAUGCUCAGUUGGCUCAGCAGCUGGAGGAAAGAGAAAGGAGAAUUAAAGGGCAUCUUGAUAUGGCAGCCAAAGGUCCAUUGAGGCAGACUUUUACCCACAAUCCCCUGCAGCAGUCAGCAGCACCAAUUACAAUGGGAAAGGCAACUGUUCCCAAACAAGAUAAGAAGAGACCAUGGGAAGACACGAUUGGCUAAAAGAUCACUGGCAAAUUGUGCCAUAGCUUUGUACAUAUGUGUUAAGAUGGACUGAGGAAAUGAUGAUACAAUUAAGUCUUGGGUGUGAAAUGGAAAAGUUGUUGUAUUAUGUAUUCGUAUUAAAGAGCAAUUUGGUUGCCUUA